ACGAUGCUUUUCCAGGUGCAAGAAUGCGUCGAGUAGCGGGGAUUGCGACGGCGGCGGCGGUUCUUCUUGGUACCGCCGGGCCGUGGAAUGCUGUAGACGCGUCGACCAUCCAUCAUGCUGCGGUCGGUCUGCAGUGCACCCAGCGCCAAGACUGUGGGUUUCUUCCCGGCCUGGCUUGCAUCAACCAGACGUGUGCCCACUGCACCACCGACACUGACUGUGGCGCGUCUCCGUCGGACCUGUCCAAACGAUGCAUCGUCCAGGUGUCGCGAGCUGCGUCCUCGUCUCCCCGCCACCCGCUGACCUCCGUGUGCAUCGAGAAGAACCUGUUUUCGCCGUUCACGUCCGCGGACGCGUUUGCAUCCUUCAUGGCGUUCCUCAGCGCCGCGCUUGGAUCUGGCUGUGGCGUUGGUGGCGGCGGGCUCCUCGUACCCCUCUACAUUCUGGUCGUGGGGCUCAGUCCAAAGCAUGCCAUCCCGCUAUCCAAGGCCACGAUUUUCGGUGGCGCCGCCGCCACCUUUCUCGUCAACUUUCGCAAAUCCCAUCCCCUUCGACCCAAGCGUCCGCUGAUCGAUUACGCGCUGGCGGCCAUGAUGGAGCCGCCGACGCUGGUCGGGUCCAUCUUUGGAGUCAUGUUCAAUCGUUUGUUUCCGUCGUGGCUGAUUCUGAUCCUCCUCAUCACGUUACUCGGCUACACGGCGUACCGGACGCUGCAAAAAGGCAAAAAACUAUACGGCAAGGAACAACUGGCCCUGCACUCGGACUCGCCACCCUCCGCGGACGAUUCCUCUUCGUGUUUGAUCAAUGUCGAUAAAAUCCAGAUAAAAGUGGACUGGUGUGCUCGCAAGUGGCUGCUUCUAACCAGAGAAGCCCGCCAUCGCCGCCAGCAACGCGCCGACGACGACGCCGACUUUGCAUCGCUGCCACCUUUGAUUCUCCCUCCAGAUAAGGACCAAUUCUUUGCCGACGCCCGCGCCGCGCUAGAAGCUGACGAAUUCAACACGUUUCCCAUCCAAAACGUGCUGCCCCUUGUCGUGUGCUGGUGCUUGGUAUUUGCGCAAGCGAUCAUAUUGGGUGGUCAUGGGACGCCGAGUUUGGUGGGCGUACCGUGUGGCACUGUGUCAUACUGGCUCCUUACUAUUCUGCCGCUCACCGUGUUGUUUGGGAUCACGACCAUGAUGGGUCGACGCCUUCGCCUCCGCAACCGCCUUCGUGUACUAUCCCAAGUCGAAUUUGUGGACGGCGACGUCCACUGGACCCGCUUCAAGACGCAAGUCGUGUUCCCUGCUUACUGCAUUGUAGCCGGCAUCGCCGCGGGGCUGCUGGGCAUUGGAGGAGGCAUGGUUAAAGGGCCAGUGAUGCUUGAGAAUGGAAUAUUACCCCCGGUGCAAUCGUCGUCGGCGUCGUUUAUGAUCUUAUUCACGUCUUCUGCUACAACCUUGCUGUUUUCCAUUGCUGGCACGUUCCCCGGUCAAUUGCAAUAUGAUUACGUGCUCUGGUUUGCGACCAUCGGGUUUUGCGGGGGUUUGUUUGGGCAAAACGUCGUGGGACUGUUGCUGAAAAAGUACAACCGGACGUCGGUGCUGGUGUUCAUCUUGGCGUUUACAAUUGGUCUGUCGGCGAUGUGCAUGGGGUACGUCGGCGCCAUGACGGCGUGGAGGGACUUUAUCAAGGGAGGGGACCUCGGCUUCUCCAGCGUCUGUGCCGCUGAGCCAUAAGAACAAGAGUUUAAUUCGCCAAGUCGAAUAUAUAUCCUACAUCACAGUACGACGAUAGGAUCUCUUUUGUGCGACAGGAGUCAAUGGAAAGCCC